CGCGCCGGACUUACGCCUCGCUACGGGACGAAUCCCACCGCCCAGUGCGUACGAAAACUUUUUUUGGUGGUCAGUGUUUGAAUUUCGAAUUUGUGCAAGAUUGCCAGUGAUGUAUUUUGAUUGGUGCUAAAAAGAAAUCCAGCAGUAUGCCGCAUACAGGUCAAGCGGGCGUGAAUCAACUAGGAGGCGUGUUCGUGAACGGCCGCCCGCUGCCCGACGUGGUGCGCAAACGCAUCGUGGAGCUGGCCAUCAUGGGCGUCAGGCCGUGCGACAUCAGCCGACAACUGCUGGUCUCCCACGGCUGCGUCUCCAAGAUCCUGACGAGAUUCUACGAGACCGGGUCAAUACGGCCCGGGUCUAUUGGAGGGAGCAAAACUAAGCAAGUGGCGACACCUACUGUAGUAAAGAAGAUCUUGCGACUGAAACAGGAGAACCCUGGCAUGUUCGCCUGGGAGAUUCGGGAGAGGCUGCUCAGCGCAAGAGUGUGCGAGCCUCACUCCAUCCCCUCCGUGUCCUCUGUCAACAGGAUUCUACGGAACAGUGGACUCGCGUGGAGUGACGAGGAAUCCAGAGCUGCACAUGAACCAUACCCACAACCGGAUCUACAAUCAAACAUGAUGGACUACAUGUCUCUCAAGACAUUGCCCCCGGCGCCACUCACGUCUCAGCAGAACCCGCCCUACUUCGCACAUUCGGCAGUCAGAGUCCCUCCCCCACAACCAACAGAACCACACAUCUACGACAGAAGACUUGCCACAUCAUGGCUGCUGGCGAACCAAGUGCAAGCCCAGGGUCUUCUGAAACCAUACCCAAUUUCCCCCUGGCAGAGAAUUAUGAUGCCUUACCAUGACUCAAAGAAUUUCUCCCCAUACGCCCUAAGUUUGCACAAUGAUCUACUGACCAGGAUCAAUACUGAUGAAGUGAAAUCCGAGAACUCUGAACACAUAUCCGUCGAAGCUAGCGACGAUAGCACGGACAGACCAGAUACAGAAGAACAAGAGCGAAAAACACCGACCGAAAAGGAGAAAAAGAAGAAUCCGUAUUCCAUAGAAGAACUGUUAAAGAAGCCCGAUAAAAUGGUUACUUCAACGCCUAUAGGUUUCCAGAAUUUUCUACGACAACCCAGCGGCAGUAUGGUAGAAUACCAGAGUCAAGAAAAGGAUAGCAACAGAAGUUCCCCAGCGAGUUACUGUUCAGUACAGAGCGGUGUCUCCAACGAUUGCUUCUCCGAAUCUGCCAGUUCUGAAAUAAAGGCGGGAAAUUAAUAUCUUUAUUAAUUUCUAGUCGAAAUGUAAAAAUAUAAUAAGGAUAUAAUUUCUCUUUUAAAUGAACGCCAUAAUCAUCCAUGAUGAUUACAGAUUAGAGAUUAGAUUAGUAUUUAAAUGUUGCCAUAAUUGCCCAUUAAUUUUAUAGAUGAUUAAACAUUCCAUAAAAAUCUUUAGUUUUACAAAUAGAUGGACAGCUUUGAAAAAUAUUAUUCAUUAUUUGAUUAUGAUUCUGUGAUAUUGUAGAAUAAUAGGUAAUUAAGCUAGACUAGACAUUUAGGUGUGAAUUAGUUUGGAACUCGAAUUAUAGAUCUUGGUAAUCGUAACAUUCGUUUGAAAUCUGAACAUUCCUUGCCUUUAAAUUGUAAAUUCAAAUAUUUUAUUUCAUGCUUUUAGGCGUUCGUUUAGUUAUAGCUAUAAUAAAUUAGUUUAAAUUAUGUAAAUAAUGUAAUGUAGUUUCACUAUUGUUAUUU